UUUGAGUUAAUCAAAUCUUAACUACUUGUUUUUUUUACGACAAAAUGACUAAUUGGUUGCAUUAAUCACUUUUUCCAAUUUGCACCAAGGUACGUGAACGCAAAUAUUGACAGUCACUGUGUUUGUGUGAGCCAUGUGGGUGGUGGCGCAUGUUUUACGGCUCUGGCAGCACCGUGCGAGCGGGGAACCGUCAGAUCAACCCUGUCCUUCGGUCUCCGCCCCCCGGUCAGCUCCUCGUCGGUGUAACCCGGUGAGCUGAAGGAGCGGGGCGCCUCGCAGUGGCCUCGUCCAAUCAGCGCUGUCAUCGGGGACGUAUGUGUUGUGUGGCCGCGGCGACGAGCGGGGCCACACGGGCAGUAUGGCGGAGGAGUGCGGUGCGAACGAACCGGAGGAGCUGGGGACGCGGCUGCACGCUCUGUCCGGCCGCUACUCGAGCGAGGAGCUGCGGGCCGACAGCGGAGCCUUCUGCGCCGACUUCUGCGAGCUGGUGGAGGAGUUUGCCUCUCGCUGGCAGGUGCCACUGCCUCAGCUCAGGAUCUUAGAGAUAGCUCUCCGCUACUUUUCCAGAUCCUCUACCUUCUUCGCGUCAAACUGUGAUCAUGUGCUCCACACACUCAGUAGCCUGGCAUUGAGUGUUUUUGAGUUGCUGCUGUUCUUUGACCAGAAGGAUUUCCACCAGGAGCCACUGAAACAUUUCACUGUCACAUUCCAGGAAUGUCAUUCGGUCCUUGCGAGAUAUCAGAAUGUUCACUUACUUCAGGUGGAGCGUUUGGUUCAGGGCCACGGGCCUUGGUCCAACUCAGUCUUACAGGGGAUCCUCAGUGAGUCCAGUUUACCUCAGAAUGACGUGGAUGGGUGCAUCACCGCUGAGCUGCCGGUGUUCUUUGAGCUCCGGGUGCGCUACCUUUUGUCCUGUGAGCGGGUCAGUGAGGCCAUGGCCUUGGCUAGGUGUUGUGCUCGGCAUCCUAUGGCAGGACGACACUUGUUCUUUCUCCAGGUCUACCUCACGUGGCUCUACAAAACGUCAAAGCACGACCGCCUACAUAAAGAGGUGGAUGAUGUUAAUAGCAAAGAUGCUGUUCACAUCAUCUGUAGUUUGGAGUGUGAGGAACAGGAUGACUUGUUACUUGGCCUCAGCAGAGCCUUCCUCUCCCAGCAGCUCCGCAGGGGAGACAUGUACUAUUUGUGUGAUCUUGUCUUCAUAUGGAGUAAACUUCACAGUCGGUUAAAUACAUCCAAGCAAGCUCUAUGGGCGGAGAGCCACCAGCUGAUGCUGUGUGCCACCAAUGUCAACUCAAUCUUUCCAUUCAUCAGAGCCAUACUGCAAGAGCUGGGUGAAGAUGGUAGGCAGUUCUGCGUGGAGCUUUGUACUAAUGCCCUGGAGUCUUGCCUUCCCUGUGAUGUCGUCACCAAGUCCCUAAUCUACAAAACCAUUGCUGGCCUGCUUCCCAACGACCUGGAGGUUUGCCGGGCGUGUGCUCUCCUUGUUUUCUUCCAGGAACGCACAGUUGAGGCCUACAAGAGGGUGUACCUUCUUUACAUGCAUCCCGAUCAGGAGUACCACGUGGAGUACAGCCCCAUCAGGAAUAAUGUUCGCUUUGAAAUGCUGCAGGUCUUGAAGAAAGACCUCUACUUCGACCCAGAGUUUUGGAACCUCAUUGCUUUGCGGACCAAUUGUUUGAAGUUGAUGAGCGAGAAAGUGGUUAGUGCUGCCCUUGAAGAAAUCAUGGAGGACAAAUGGAUCUCUAACUAUUCCACCAAAGAGCCUGCUUCACGGUCAAGUUCAUGUCGGAGAGGAAAGAAAGGGGCACUUCAGGCAGCAUCAAAGAAGCGGCACCAGAGAAACGAUACGGACACGGCAUCCAAAAGACUAAAGGUGGGCCCAGACAAAACACAACUGAAUGAUGAUCAUGCUGUAAAGAAGAAAGGUACCCAUGGGUUAAGACCUUUGAAGAACAAAUCAUCUGAACCUUUGAGACGUUCAUUUUGGCGGCUGGACAGAAUACAAGACAACGUCACCAUUAGGUAUGGAGAACACAGACGCAUCACGCGACUCUCAGAGAAGAACCCUCCAAAACGAAGUAUUAGAAAACCCAGGUGGCUUCUGGAAGACUCAAAUACUCUUCAAAAGAACAACGUUCCUCCCAAUAUCAAAAAGCACGAGUUGAGACAUCAGCAGCAUCAUCGAUCUUCGGUCAUGAAGAGGCCUGAAACCGGUCAGAUCAAGAACAAUGCAAAACACAAACCACCAGUAAACUCGCAUUUAAGCACAAAGGACAUCAGCAAGCACCAGAGAGAAUUUUCUUUGGAUUAUGUUAAACCAGCGCCGCCUCCACAAGUCAUUCUUGAGCUCUCCUUACCAGACAAUGAGCUGCUGGGUACGUUUACUGAGGACUCUUGCAACAGACAGAGAGGAUUUCCCCAAGUGCUUCUUUACAAACCCACAGUGAAGCCUUCUGCCACAUCACAACCCGUGAAGACUGUCCAUCGCAAGGAAGUUGUUCUAAGAGCGCGGGAUGCCGCCAUGUUUGUAAAACAACUGCACUGUUACGCUCGGCGCCAGAAAGGAAAAGGACAUGGAUUGAAUGUUCAUGGCUCAGUAUCAACUAUCACACGUUCUUCUGUGCAGGGAAGUCCUCCUAAAGAUGCACCAAGAGAGCACUGCAAAAAGCCUGAGGGGAAAGGUGCCUCUCGGACACUAUCUGAAGUUAAUUCACCCCCAGUUUUAGAAAAAGUCCAUCCAGUUUCACAAAAGACGUCUGCAGCAAGAGAGUCUGCUGAUGCCCCACAGACACCAGCAGGGGCAAAAGUGACUAAAUCUCCAGGGUCAGACAAGGUCACUCAACCUGCAAGCAGAGGGAAAGUGUUACGCGGUGUUACUUCAGCAAGAGAUAAAUCUGCGGUUGAAAUGAAAGCCACCACUGCGUCACAGACAUCAGAAGAAGCUGAAGGAACAGGAAACCCAGUGUUGGAUAAGAUCAUGCAAGCUCAGACAACUUCAGCAAGAGAGCUCUGUGAAGAACCUGCUGUUGAAAUGAAAGUCACCAUUGCCUCACAAACCUCCUCAGCAGCCAAAGUGCCACAGUCCCCAGGUUUAGGUAUAUGUAAACCACAAAGUGUAGAAGACCUCUCAAAAAUCACUGCUUCGGCCGAGGGUUCACAGACGACAUCUGCAGACAACACUCAGAGUAUAGUUAACAAUGAAACCCCCCCCUUCCCCGAUAUAGCCAAUAAUUCAAACACUGCCGAUGCAGAUCCUUUGCCCUCUCGGACCCAAGAUGUUGUUCUCAGAGAUGGUGAAAAAGACCUCAAGUCACCCUCCUCGCUGGCUGAAAGAAUUCCUGCUGCCAAAGCAGAAGCAGACACCCCAGAGGUGCUAAACACAGUCUGCAACAGAAUCACUGAGGCGGACUUACACACACCUUGUGAGAGGGACGCAAUCCCCAGAGGAAACAUGGUCCCUCUUAGUAAAGCAUCAGAGCCUCUGGCUACUUAUUCGCCUCCAGACCAGGACGCUAUGAAUGACAUAUCUGCUCUGACGUUAGUAACGGAGAUGGUUACUGAACUUGCACCUGAGGCACUUGCUCAAGAUCUGGAGAAUGACAAACAGCGAGCUCCAGAGAAUAGUGCCUACAAGGAUUCAACAGCUAAAAGUAAAACUAAAGUACCUCACAAAAUCCGGUCUACCUCCAGCUGCUCUGUACCAGCACAGGAAGCCUCCACAGUCAGUGAUGUGCAACUAAAGAAAGGGACAACAGACACUCAGGAUAUUGAUUCAGAUGCAUCUGAGAACAGUGAGCCAGAAACUGAGGAAUCCAAGUUGGAGUUCAACUGUACUUUCUGUGACAAGUUCUUUAAGGGAAGUCGUGUUGUGGCACAUGCAAUGUUCCAUUAUCGAAAAGAUGAGUGCAUGUUCUGCAGGACGAUGUUCAAAGACGACCUCUUAGCCAUGAUGCACCUGUCAGAUCACAUAGAGAAGCUAAAAAAGAGCAAAGACCAAGAAAACAGGGUCUCUGAGACCAAAGGUAUUUCCACACUGAAAAUCUCCGCCAAAGACAACGCCACGAACAUGUCGCCUGCUCGUCGUGGAAGGGGGAGACCGAGGAAAUCUGCUGUUGUUCCUGAAUCAGUAAGUCUUCAAGAUCCAAGGCCCCAUGAAUCCAGAAAGUUGAGAUCUAAAGAAAAGCCAGCAGAUGAAAAACUUUCACAAGAAAAGAAACAAAACACUUCAGAGCACCUUCGAAGUGAAACUCCUGUUCAUAAAGUCAAUGGGCAUGUUGGAAAAAAGAAAGAACUUGGACACGUUGGCAAAAAGAAAGGGAUUGUCAGAGCGAGAAAGGAUUUGGAAGCCAAGCCACAGCAGGAGAAAUCCCAGGAAAGAACAAGUAAUGGAUCUGAGAAUCGUGAGUUGUCAGAAAAAGAUAAAAAGAUAAAAACUGGAUCCCUGUCGUACUUGAAGGCAACCACAAAAAAGAAAAAUGUGGAGCCACAAGAGAAAGUUUGUUGUCCUGUGGAUGGAUGUGUUUGGUUUAAAGAUUUGUCAAAAAACCGUGUUGCGCUCCUGUACCACGCUCUGGAUGACCACUACGGUGAGCUCAAACCUUUAGAACUGGCAUUCCGCGUGGGAAACAGUAGAUGCUCUAUUUGCAUGAGGGUUUUGUGGAGCUUCAAACACUUUCAGCAUCACGUCGAAAGGCACAGAGUCUCUCCUCGCCAUCCUUGCCUUCAUCAGGGGUGUCCGGCCCGGUUCAAAUCAGGAAUGGAAAUGAGACGCCACACCAGGAGGCACAGUCCGCUGCAGGCAGUGUGCUGCCUCCCUGGGUGUUCUCAACUAUUUAUUUGUCUCUGGGCACUAAACCUUCAUGAACGAGAGCACUACACUUCCAAACCCACAAAACCAGACAAGAUAACUAGUGAACAAACGAGCGACAAACAUAAUAAAACAGCGGUUGGGAGGACACAGCAGGAUAAUGAGCCAAAAGAUGCAGGUGCUCUGAAUAAGACUGUGAGUUUAAAGGCUUGUAAAUUACGAAGACGGGCUACACAUAAGUCGUCAUCACGAAAACACAUGAAAGCUCCUCCUUUCUCCAGGGUCAGAGAAUUUAAAGAGAGAAAUGAAACCGAGGAUUCAAAUGUCUUAAAGAAUUUGUCCAACAAAGACACUACAGCACAGCCUUCUGUUCCAAAUCUGAGAUUAAGACAAACAUUAAGAAAAGUGCAAAUAACAAAUACGACCAUGGCAGCUCGUAAAGUCAUCUCAUCAUCGUUAAAACGCAACAACAAAGUGAGGCACAAGUUCAAGAAACACCAGGUGAAAAUAAACACAGACGUACCGAAGAGAAGAGGUCGUCCUCCCAAAUUAAAGAAAUCUGUGCAUGAUGAAAACACUUCUACUGGUCAAAACAGUGAAACCGUAAAAGAAAAAACUGCUCUGCAAAAAGAUCCGAAGGCUCCUGCUGAGCUUUCAAGUCCAAGUCCUAAAGCAGCAGCAGAUGUUGGCGACGGUACAAAAGAACAUGAAGUUAACAAAACUACAAAAACAUCAGACAAUGAAUCAAAGUGUAAGAAAUCUGUGAACAAGCAGAUUAAGAAGUGUCACAUUAAACAAAUGGUCUUGCAUGAUCCCCAAACAUCUGCUGUGACAUCCAAUAGUUUAAAUCCAUCAAUCAGCAGAUCCUCAGUAGACAAGACACGGAAGUCGACCACUGACAAAGUGAAGAAAGUCAACAAAGCGAAAAGGCGCUCCUCUCUAGAAAGUGGUUGCCAAAGUGCUGCUUCAAAUUCCAAUGAGUCAAAGAAGUGCAAGGUUAAGAAAGGCAAAUUCGACACAAAGACAGAGUCUGCUUUGAAAAAGACAGUUGAAUCUAAAGCAGUCGUCGUAGAUGAGGAUGGAAAAGCAAAAACAGAAAACAAAGAUACUGUGCCUGCUGUUGCAUUGGACAGUUUAAAUCAGGCAACUUCACCUUCCACCACAUCUGGAGUGACAAACGAGGAGAAAUCAUCGAAAUCUCAGUUCACGAAAAAAGAGAGACCUAAAGAGAGCAGUGCUAAAACGACUUCUUCCGACGCUGACAAGGUAAAAAAGAAGCAGAAGGAUGUUAUUAAAAAAGCGGACAAAAAGACAGUCAAGGAAAAACAGCCAUGCAAGGACCCAAGCAAAACCCCAGUGAAAAAGAAAUCAAAAUCUGUAGUUCAACAAGAGGAGGGGACUAAAGCAGUUGCAGCAUUGGACAAGAGCAAUCAGAAUGAGGAGGGCACAGUAAAGGACGAAGCCUCAGAUGCAACUCUUUCCAGCUCUGGUUCCUCCGUACCUGCAGAUACCAGCAGCUUAAAUGAGAAGACGUCUGCCACUGAAGAGAACACGCAAAAAAUGAAAGAAUUAAAGAAAAACUCUGACCCAAACAAAGACAGUAAGAAGCACAAGAGUAUUCAUAAAGAAGGUGAUGCAAAGAGUUUCAAAAAAUCUAAAGGUGAUGAUGCCCCAUCAGCAAAACCCUCUAAAACAGAAGUCAAACCACUCUCUGAGGUCAAAGCCAAGGUCGAGGAGAGCUCUGUAGGCCAGGAGGGAGCAGCCUUAGCGGAAACACCACCGUGUCCAAUCAGCAGCUCUGGUUACUCUAUCAUGAACGGAAAAGCGUUGGAUCGAGUUGUGAAAUCGACUGUGUGCAAGGACACGCUGGCCAUGUACGGUAAGAAGCCGUACAUGCGUCUGCCACCCACGGCGUACCUCGAUGAGAAGUACAUCACCAUGCCAAAGCGGAGGAAGGAGAUGACGCUGUUCGAGUCCUCUCAGAGGAGCCCACCUCCUGGACAGGCCUGUGUCGCAGCGGCGCAGCAGCGACAACGAUGUGCCAACUGUUUCGCUACCUUCAACAGUGCUGAGGAUCUGCAGGGUCAUCUCCAACUGCAGAGGUGCUCCAACCUGUUUGGGUUCGACUCUGAUGAUGAAGGCAACAGUUGAACAGAUGUGAUUAAGUCAAAACGGAUUAUCGUCUCAAACGCAAAGCGGACCGACCUGUGGACCUGCAUGAAGCCCCUGGACGGAUCAUACCUCAACAGACUCUUCUCUGAUUGACUUGUUUUUUUUCAUUUGGGCAGAGACUACUGCUUCAGGCGUUAACGCAGGGAACUGAAAUUUGUGCGAACUGACGUUUGCUGCAGCAUGUGCCUGUAAUGCAAGGCCAGGGAGCGGCCAGAACACACACAGCCAAUCGGUGAAAAAAGACUACUGACCUGGAUCCCAGUCAGACUGUUAGCAGACAGCUUGUACUGAAGUGCCUGCUCUGGCUGUUUCAAGCGGCUUCGACUGGUUUGGAGAUGAAGCGUUUAAGGCAGGGCUCUUGAAAUCUGUGAAAAAGAACUGAUGCUUGAUGAAAAGGCUGCUCGUGCUACCACUAGGAUACAUAUUGUUCACAUCAGUAAGCCAUAACAUGACACUUUUGCUUUUUGCACUCUUUUCAUAAAUUAUCUUCACUUUUGUUCAGCUGAAAUUCUUUUAUGUUAUUUUAACAUCCUGAGGUCACACAUUUAAUGUAGAGUCUAAACUUUGAAUGAUGUAUGAUUUCUAUUAUCAAUUUCUAAUUUGAAAGGUUUUUAAGUAUAAUUCUUGUUUGAAUCAUUUCUAAUGUUGAGUCGCCCUCGGGGUUGAUUAGGUUCUGCUUGUUGUCAUCAUGAGUAACCAGUAGGGGUCAGCGUGCAGCAAUCUUCCGAUCCUCAUCAUGAUAAUUUAACACAUUUCUUUUAACAUUUUAUGAAACAAUUUGAUCAUGAUGAUAUACGCAUUUUCUCAGAUUUAUACAUAGACAUGAGAUUAAUUGCAUUUAUUUCAAGAAAUGCUUUGUCUUCCAGUCACAUCCAUUGACGUUUAUUUCUUUUUGCAGAAACAACUUCAAAAUGUGCCAGUAUCCCACUAAUACUCUGCUGGAGUCUGUCACUGAUCCGCUCUGCUAUUGUUCACCGUCAGAGGAGAAGCUGACAUUUUGGCUUCUGUGAUAUUUUCUCACUUUGAUAUAGAUCUUUUGUUUCCCCCCAAUCUUUACUGAACUGUACAAGACCAUAGAACCAUUGUGAAUUCUCUGUUAGGCUGAAUGUUGUCUUUCAGGAUUCCUCCAGAGAGGAAGAGAGACGUGGCAGUAAAACUACCACAGUUUUAAGUGUAAUUAAGGAGGAGGUUGCGCGAGUCUUUAAUGAGCAGCAGGUUAUAUUUAUUUAUGUUAUUUUCUAUCUUUUGUAAAUAUUUGAAGAGUUUCGAUGGCUUAUUAUAAAAAUGGGAUGUUCGAGUUGGGUUUAUAUUUUGUCCUUUGAAGAAAAACAAUAAAACUUAUUUCAAUUCUG